AUGGACAAAGACACUCCUGGAGUGAAAAUCGAGUUCGUCAACCAUGAUCACAAACUCACAAUCGAUUCAGCACAAUAUGCAGGAACUGUGCUGUGCAGGGCUGAAAAUGUCGUUGGCCGUUUCGAGACAAAAGCUCGUCUGACGGUCAUCCCUCAGGAGAAGCCAAAGAAAGCGCCACGAUUCACCGAAUUGCUUAGCGAUAAAACGGAAGUCGAAAGCGGUCCUGCACGACUUGAAGCUGAACCCAAACCUGACAUCAAAUGGUUCCUGAAAGACGUGGAGAUCACCAGUUCAGAGAACAUUAUCAUCCGCGAUUUUGACGGAUCAGUGAAACUUGAGCUGCGAGGGAUCAAGCUGGAAGAUGCUGGCGAGGUCCGAUGUCAAGCGACAAAUUCCGAAGGUUCAGCCAUUUCAACCGCUCAACUUGGAGUGAAUCGAAAACCGUUCCCACCCUCGUUCGACAAGCAACCAAAGAGCUUGACUGUCGAAAGAGGAUCCGAGGCGAGGUUCGAGGCACAUGCAGACGCUAAUCCUGCUCCUACAUACCAAUGGUCAAUCGAUGGGAGAAAGGUCCGUGAAAGUACUGAGGGAUGUCGUGUCGAGAUGGUCGAUGGUGUGUCGGUGCUGAUUGUCGAUACCAACGUACAUUCGGCCUCGUCGACUAUCUCUGUGGUCGCCGAGAACAGUCUCGGAGCGGACGAGACCGGCGCUCGACUUACCGUUGAGGAGAAGAAGGUAACAGAGCAGCAGGUAGAAGUAUCUGAAACCAAGACUUCUACUGAAGAAACCAUCCAAGAGGGCAAAAUAGAGAUGUCACAGAUCGAAAUGGCUCCAUCGAAAGCGGUCGUAAGUGAGGAGACGAUGAAGGAGGAAUUCCAUCAGGAAACACAGAUCACUACAGAGCCAACUGCUCAGGUCACCACCACCGAGCAGGUCUCUGAGCAGAUGCAAGCGACCACAGAAAGCGGCACGGAAGUGCUGCAGGCGCCGGAAGCAGCCGAGACAAAGCCGACCACCGAGAUGCCCAAGAUCAUGCGGGAUCUCAAAGAUCAGACAGUUGUGAAGGGCGAGCAGGGCCGCUUUGAGGUCGUCAUCGAACAUGCCACCGACACCCGAUGGUACCAUAAUGGCACCGAAUUGAAAAUGACGACUGAAGGAGUGAAAAUCGUUGAGGAGACGAAAUAUGUAUAUAAAUUAACGAUCGACUCAUCAGUGUAUCCAACGGGUACGAUCUCCGUUAAAGCGUCGAACGAAACCGGCUCAGUAGAGACAAAAUGCGAAAUGAAAGUCAUCGAAAAGCCAGAACUCACAGAACAAUUGAAGGAUAUUCAAGCAACAUUGGGCGAACCUAUUAAGGUUGAUGUAGCCGCUAAAGGCAGCCCACAGUUCAAAUGGAUGAUAAAUGGACAAACACUUGAGGUACUGGCGGUUAUACUGGCUACUAACUAA